AUGAAGGCUUUUACCGCUGUCAUUGCCAUGGGCUCGCUUCUGAGUGUGAGCCUUGCCUCUCCCCUCAACGAGGUCAGCCUUGAGGAGAGAGCCUCGUACACGGCCGAUGAUCUUGCCGAGCACCAUGCUGAAGCCCGUCAACUGCCUGGGCUGCCUCCUGUCCCAAUCCCAACCAAACCUGUCGACAUUAUCCCCGCCCUUCAAACUAUUCUCAAGCAAACCACAGCCGUCCUCAACAUUACCCAAGCUGGUCUACCUCCGGCUGACGGCUUUCCUGCCCUACCUGCCCUCCCAAUCGCAGACCUGUCCCUGCCCGGUCUGCCCCUGCUUCCCGCCGGCACAGUCUCCUCUCCUGCCGAUAUCGUCAACCAGCUGUCGUCCAUCCAGUCCUUGAUCGACACUGUUCACACGAUCCUCAGCAACCUCCCCACAGGCACCAGCCUCGACCAGCUCAAGCAGGCUCUGGCCCUUGCCGGCCAGAUCAGGACCUUGGCCGCCCCCAUUGUUGAGCGAAUCCAAGCUCUGGGUCAGAACGGAAUCAUCCAGUUGCCCGCCAACGUUGUCGCUAUCUCCGACAGCCUGUCCGACCUCCUCAGUCUCAUCAACUUGAUCCAGUUGCUACUGGGCCCUACUUCCUCUCUCAUCCCGAUAGUCCUCGCUUCUGUUCCGGCUGCGGCCUAA